AUGAAAUUCUCAGUAGUCGCCAUUGUUCUAUCUUUAUUGGCAGCAACAUCGUUUGCUGAUGCCAACCAAGAGAAACGGGAUGCAGAUCCUUAUUAUUAUUAUAAACGUGAUGCUGAGCCCUAUUAUUACUAUAAACGUCAGGAAUUCAAACGUGAUGCCGAACCAUACUAUUACUACAAACGUCAGGAAGAAAAACGUCAAUUAGACAAACGUCAAGAAGAAAAGCGUGAUGCCGAACCCUACUAUUACUACAAACGUCAGGAAGAAAAACGGCAAUUAGACAAACGUGAUGCCGAACCAUACUAUUACUACAAACGUCAGGAAGAAAAACGUCAAGAAGAAAAACGUCAAGAAGAAAAACGUGAUGCCGAACCCUACUAUUACUACAAACUUUAG